AUGGCUAUCACUGUCGAUCGCCUCGUGCUUCUGCUGGCGGCCCUAGCAGCCCCGGCCACCGCGCAGGAGACUGUCUGGUCAUCCGUGUCGUUUGUGCUGUAUGGCGAACGCACACCCCUCCAAGGCUCGACCUCGCCGGAGCUGACGCCGCUCGGCGCCCAGCAAAUGUUCGACCUGGGCUCCAUCUUCCGCGCUCGCUAUCUCAGCAGCGCCAACACUACCUUGCCAGACAUCAUGGCGUCAAUCACCUCACAGGCGCUCAUUGAGGGAAUUGAAGAAGACUCGAUCGACAAUGACCAGGUGUUCACGCAGGCUACCGAUGACAGCUAUGUGGCUGCCAGUGCGCUGGCUUUUCUGCAGGGCCUCUACCCGCCGCAGACUAGCAGCUUUGCAGCUGGAAACGGUGGUCGCGAUGCGGCCGUGCUGAACAACGACACGCUUGUGAACUUUCCGCUCAAUGGCUACCAGUACCCUCUGGUUGCCACCCUGUCGUACGAUGACCCAGCAUCAGUCUGGAUCGGGGCCAAUAUUGGCUGCACCGAAUACCAGCAGUCCGUCUUCGGUUACUUCGGCGAAGAUCAGACCAAAACACUGUACUCCGAGACGCUCGGUUACUACCAAUCGCUCUGGUCCGGUGUAUUCCAAGACGUCUUCAGCCAGGCCAUGACCAAUUACUACUCUGCCUACAACCUCUACGACUACGCUUCCUACGAGUACAGCCACAAUCCCCAGAUGGCCAAUGCCCUUGACUCGUCCGACCUGGCCAUCCUGCGCACCUACGCUUACACCCAGCAGGUCGAAAUCAACGCCGAUCUCGACGUGUCUGGCAAAAAGAAGGGCGAUAUGAUCCGGGCAAUCUCCGGCCGCAUGUUGGCCACAUACGUGGUCAGCCUGUUCAAGAACACCAUCGACUGGGACGGCAGAUUCGGAAAGCUGAAUCUCAUGUUUGGGUCUUUUGAGCCCUUUCUCGCCUUCUUCGCGCUCUCGAACCUCACCAGCGGCGUCUCAGCUUCCGUCUUCCAGGGCCUGCCGAGCCCUGGCGCCACGAUGGUCUGGGAGUUGUACACCGAGUCGGACAACACGACUACGUACCCAAGCAUGGACGACAUGUACGUGCGGUUCUUCUACCGUCCCAACACGGACAACGACACAGCCCUGACCCAGUAUGGCCUCUUCACCAACGGCUCGGACGUGAGCGGCAUGCCCUUCCAGGAAUUUGCUGCUGCCAUGUACGCCAUCGGUGUGCCCAGCGUGACAAAGUGGUGCACCAUGUGUUCCGGCGUCAGCGUGUUCUGCCCGGCCUAUGAGGAGAACAGCAGCGGCAGUGGCAGCAGAUCCGGUUCCAGUGGCAGCACGUCCGGCAGCAAGAGUUCCAUGUCCCCGGCCGUGGCCGGCAUCAUCGGUGCCAUCAUAAUGCUCAGUGCCAUCUCGUUGGUUGGCCUUGUUGCCAUUGCCCUGGGUGGUUUGCGGGUUUACCGUCGUGCCGGCAGCCGUCCGGCUGUGCAGACCAGCGACCCCAGAGUCGGCGGGGUCCAGGAUGCCCGGUCCAUCGGCGGCUUUAAGGGCUUGGAGAAGAAGCCUGGAGACGCCGACGUGGUCGUGGCUAAGACCGGUAUGCGUCACGAACGGGUGGGCAGCUGGGAGCUGAACGGCGGCAAAUAUAACGGCAAGACUGUGGCUGCCAAUGGAGACGAUAAUGCCACCCCUUCGGGCCCGCUGAAAUCCGUCGGCACGGUCCUGCAGAAGAGCCAGGUGCAGUCUACGAUCAGAAACACAGACACCGAUGACGACGACAUGGCCGAUCUUGUUGGCCCGGUCAUGACGCCAAAGGAGCAUGUCUAA